UCCUCGGUCGAGUCGACCACACGAGAUCGUGCCUUUCCAUAGCCGGGUACUGAACAAGACUAGGAGAAUGGCUUCCACGGUGACGCUGCUGAGGAAGACGGCCACCAUACGGAUGAGCGACGUCGCCGCCGUGGCGUCACCAGCGGCGAUGAAGUCGCUUUUGCUGGAGGGAAGCAAAGGCGGCGGCGGCGGCGACGUGGCGAAGCGGUGCUGCGGGCGCAAGUGCGAGCUCGUCGGCUACGACGCGCUCCCGGCCUUCCUGCAGCACAACGAGUUCAUCCUCCACUACUACCGCAGCGAGUGGCCCCUCAAGGAGGCGCUCCUCAGCGCCUUCGCCCUCCACAACGAGACCAUCAACGUUUGGACGUAA